AUGUCAUGGACUCUAAAACUCAAGACUCCAAAGACAGCCCUAGUAGCUGGGCUGAAAGCGCUAGUAGCUGGGCUGAAAGCGAUAGACUGGCUUAACUAUCUCACGAUUGUCGGUAGAACUGUCAUGAUCCUCGUCGGAAUGAACCUCGGCGGCUCGUCAUAUCCAUGGAAUCCCGCAACGGUCAUCUACCUCCUCGUUUUUGGAGUCUCUACUUUAAUCCUCUUCAUUCUCGGUGAGUGGAAAAUUCCGCAAGUCCCUUUCAUCCCUCUGAGCAUCAUUAACACGUGGCAACGUUCGCCCACGCUUGUUGCUGCUUUGCUCCACGGCUUCGUGCUCUCCAUCACUUUCUACUUCCUUCCACUAUACUUCCAAUCUGUACUCGGAACUAGUGCCUUGUUUUCAGGGGUCUUGCUACUACCGAUGGCCAUUCCUGUAUUCGUCGUAGAUGCUUUCACAGGCUGGGUUAUCUCCGCGAUGGGGGUGUAUACAUGCGGUCUACUUAUUGAUCUACCACACUCGCGACAAUGGGCCCGGGUGGCUAUAUUUCAGAUCAUUCUUGGUGCCGGUAUCGAUCCAAACUUCCAGGCACUGACCAUCGCUUUCCAAAGCGCUGUCAAGAGCAGCGACGUCGGUACAGCUACCUCUACAUUCAGCUUCGUCAGAAAUCUUGCUACUAGCAUAGGACUUAUUCUUGGCGAAGUAGUCUUUCAAAACGUCAUGCGUGGGCAAUAUAAACUUACUGGCACAUUAGCCAAUGGAGGAGGGGCGUCUAGUGUUUUCACAGUCAACAAAUUACCCGCAGAUCAGAAGACUGCAGCACGGGACGCGUAUUAUAUUGCAAUUCGCGAUUUGUAG